AUGGUCGUUCCCAUCUGCGGAGACUACAGCGGGGAGUGUAGCGGAGACUACAGCGGGGAGUGUAGCGGAGACUACAGCGGGGAGUGUAGCGGAGACUACAGCGGGGAGUGUAGCGGAGACUACAGCGGGGAGUGUAGCGGAGACUACAGCGGGGAGUGUAGCGGGGACGGGGAGUGUAGCGGAGACUACAGUGGGGAGUGUAGCGGAGACUACAGCGGGGAGUGUAGCGGAGACUACAGCGGGGAGUGUAGCGGAGACUACAGCGGGGAGUGUAGCGGAGACUACAGCGGGGAGUGUAGCGGAGACUACAGCGGGGAGUGUAGCGGAGACUACAGUGGGGAGUGUAGCGGAGACUACAGCGGGGAGUGUAGCGGAGACUACAGCGGGGAGUGUAGCGGAGACUACAGCGGGGAGUGUAGCGGAGACUACAGCGGGGAGUGUAGCGGAGACUACAGCGAGGAGUGUACAGCGGGGGCUGAAGCAGAGAGUACAACGGGAUGGGGUAAAGUGGAGACUACAGUGGGGGUGUAUCAGAGAGUACAUGGGAUGGGUUAG